AUGGAAGUGUCCGCGGGCAAGCGAGCGCUCGUUGCAGCCCAGGAGGGAGCUAUCUUGUUUCGGUUUAUCGAAGUGCUUGAUGCCUCGUUGGCGGUGCAAGUGGUGGCGACCAAAGGGUUGCAUGGGCGCUGCGUCGUUGGACAGCACCUGGGGAGCCAUUCAGUAGGGACUGAAGCUUCGACGACCGACUCCGGUGCUCCUGCUAUUACUGCGCUAGAGAAGAAGGGCGUGGGUGGCAAGGGUGAUUCCGUCGCGAACCUGUACGCCGAAAUAGACUGCUGUAGUGAGCUUCUGAAGGCAGCAGCCUGCCUCAUGCCGUUUACCAGGGGGUGGCACGCGAACCAGCUUUAUCGGGGAAGAUCUACCUUGCGCCGCAUGUGCCAGUCGUGCCUGCUGUUGCUGUCCACACCCGCCCUUCACCGGGAGUGCUCUACCCAUGCGUCGGCUGUGCUGGUUCACUCGGCGGUGGCGAAUUGGAGAUCAAGCACGGGAUGGCCAUCGGACGACUUUUGCCCUCCGGUGGGCACCGCAGCCCCAGCGGCAGCACCGUCUGUACCAACCACGGCAGAAACUACAGCUACAGCAGUAGAAUUACCACGGCCGCCGCCACUACCACCAUCAGAAACAAAACCAGCGCCAAAGUCAACGGCAAUAGGAACAGCUACAGAAGCAACACCAACCACAGCAGCCGGCUCUGGUGUGUAUCCAAGUGCUUCCCGCCACCAAGGAGGCGCCGCACGCACGCUGAGGCUGACACUCGCAGCAAACACUAUCAACGCGUCGUUUCUGUCGGACGGGACGGAGAAAAUAAUCGCAGAGAGUGGUGACACGGACGAGGUGACCGCUCUCCUGGCUGGGUUCAUGCCCUUGCCGGCCGGCUCAAGGCUUGCGGUCUGCCGUGCGCUGUUUCACAUCUUAGACUCGAGUGUGCUUCUCGCGGUGCUCGACUCGCAAGCGCCGACGGAGGGGAACGGCAUGACGGGAGGACCAGGUAGGGGAGCCGGUGCAGGGGGGCUAAUGUUUGGACCCAUCUUGCAUGCGAUACUAGUGCGAAGUGGGGCGGACAGCGGAUUAUCCCUGCGAUUCUUCGCUUUGCAGGUUCUCGAGGCUUGGUGCAACAAGGUCAAGUCGUUUGCUGGACGUGGCCUUUCGGCGCCAGCCGGAUCUUGCGACGGUUGCUCCAAUAGCGGCGGCCAUUCGAGUGGCCUUAGUGUGGAUGGAGACGUCGUAGCGGACUCGCUGUCAAAGGUACUGGAGGUCACCAUGUCCGCUCUGGUGCACCCUGCAAAGCUCAUUUCGUCCAUGGCGCCGGUACUAUUGGAGCACGUGUUUGCUAUUCGACAGGAGAGGAUCCUGAGUUUGGCGGUCGGGAGUUACCGCGGUCACGAGAUCGAGGGGGACGGAAAGGGUCCAGAGCUGGAGAGCCACGCCGCUCCGGGACAGGAAGACACCUCGCUGGGAAAGGCAAGCACCGGGCUGAUUAGGGAUGCAGCACGCACCGCCCGGCAGAGGCGGCAGGGUCGACUUGUUAGGGUAGCAACCUACAAUGUGCGUACACUGGCCGUGAACGGGGCCAACGGCUAUGGGAGAGCCGACAGCGUCUUACACGAGGCAGCGAAACAGGGCAUUUCGUUUGUCGGUCUGCAGGAGGUCAGGAGACCAGGGCGAACGGAGUUCGCAGCAUCCGGUUUUCGGGUGUUCACCUGUGGCACGGACAAGGGUGGUACGCAUGGCGUCGGAAUCGCUGUGGAGGAGACGCUGUGCAAAUCCUCCCAGUACACCACGGAGUACGUGGACGAGCGCCUCAUGGCUAUGAGGUUUGAGAUGAUGGGCCACCGCGGAGCGGUGACCUUCGUGGCUGCGUAUGCCCCAACAGACGUGGCCACCACCGAGAGCAAACACAUGUUCUGGGAAAAACUUGACAGUCUCGUGCGUCGUACCCCCGCUAAGGAGUAUCUUUUCGUGCUCAUGGAUGCCAAUGCCCAGACCGGAGGAGGGAUAGCAGGGGAAAACGAAGGAACCAUGGGCGAGUACGGGCGCAAUGAGCUGAACGAAAAUGGUGAGCUGCUGCUGACUUUCGCCACGGACAACAGAUUAGCGGUCCUCAACACCUUCUUCGACACACGGAGGGGCGGGAUAUGGCAUACGUUCAACGGCCCGUCGGGACGCGAACGUAGGUGCCUCGAUUACAUCCUGACGCGCCAAGCACACCGCGACCGAGUGUCCAACAUGGAGGUCGUACCUCAGCCAGUGCGCCCAGUCAGAGCGGACUCAGACCACAACAUCGUAGUAGCCACCGUCGACCUCGGUGGCCGGCUGGCCCACAACCGACCUAUCCGGACCAACCCCAAACGGCGGCAGUUCAACCGACAAGAUCUGCAGGUCGAGGCAGCGCGAUGGGCUGUAUCCCAACGGUUUCUCUGCAACCUGCUCGCGAGGUCGGGCGCGCCGGCGACCACCACGCAGGAAAUGGCGAAGGAGUUCACGGAGGCCCUGCUCGGCGCGGCGGAGACGGAGCUGUCUGAGGAACCCCGGAGGCGGCGCACCACGGAAUGGAACAUGACCACCGCGGCACGGACAGCCCUGGCGACCGCCCUUGACAAGCGACGGGCUGCGCGACAUUCCUUCAAGGCCGGACCGAACGCAGCAACGUGGAGGAUCCUCAAAGCAACGUGCAAGGGGGUGAAGGCAACAAUCGCAACGAGCAUCUACGACCACCUGGAAAGAUACGUGACGGAGCUCGAAGCGAUCUACCAGGACCGCGACAUGCGGGGGCUGUACCAACACCUCAAGCGGUCAACGGGCCUCAGCGGGAGACAAGCUGGGGGGCAGCAGUUCGUUACAGACGAGAACGGCGUGCUACUCCGGAACAAGGAUGCCAUCCUCAAGCGGUGGCGGAGAUUCUUCAAUACCCUCCUGAACUCCAAGUCCCCCACUCUGAACCCAGACGUUGUCGAACAGGUGAUGCAGCGACCAGCGACGCGCGCCACCCGACACCUGGCGGCGGUACCAGACCUCGAGGAGGUUGAGGCGGCGACGAAAGGCCUGGGGAACUGGAAGGCGGUUGGUCCCGACCUCCUUGCCGCCGAACUGCUCAAGGUCGACGGCGACGACGAGCCAGUUGUACUGGAGCGCCUCCGUGCCAUCUUCGUCGAAGUGUGGAAUGGGGGAGAGAUGCCGCAGGAGUGGAAGGAUGCCAUCAUUAAGGUGCUGUACAAGAAGGGUGACCGUUCGAACUGCAACAACUACAGGGGCAUCUCGCUGCUCUCGCAUGUAGGCAAAGUACUCGCCAAGACCAUCACCAACCGCCUCAGCGCAUUCUGCGAAGCCAACGAAAUCCUCCCGGAGGAACAGUGCGGGUUCCGGCCUGGCCGAUCCACGGUAUGCAUGCUGUUCGUUGUGCGCCGACUCCAGGAGCUGGGGCGGAGGAGGAGAAUCCCGCUCUACAUGUGCUUCAUCGAUCUGCAGAAGGCAUAUGACUCGGUGGACCGGGAGCUACUGUGGAAGGUGCUGGCCCGGGCCGGGAUCCCCGGGGAGAUGAUCGCCGUCAUCCGCAAGUUCCACGUCGGAAUGCGGGCCCGGGUCCGCACGGACGAUGGGGAGCUAUCGGACUGGUUCCCGGUCACGCAGGGAUUACGACAAGGGUGCUCAAUGUCCCCACUGCUGUUCAACGUCUUCUUCGCAGCGCCUCUCGAGAUCAUUGUCACACGGUUCAGCCAAGAUGAGGUUAUCGUGCGGGACCUAGUGUACUUGAAGGAGGAGGAACGGAGGGGGGGGGGAUUGCUGGACCGAGUCCGGAGGGCGGUGUGGGGGAUGCUAUAUGCCGACGAUGCCGGCGUUGUGUCGAAGUCCGCCGACGGCCUGGCGAGGAUGAUGACCAUUAUCGUGGAGGUGUUCCGGGAGUUCGGGCUGACGGUGUCGGAGAGGAAGACGGAGACCCUGGUGAUGCGGGUGAAGGAGAGACAGCGACCGCCGCCGCCGCCACCGCCGGUGCUGACCAUCGAAGCAGCGGGGCAAAGGUACGCACAGACGACCGAGUUCCGAUACCUGGGCGGCCUCGUCAACGAGCAGGGCGACCUUACCCGAGAGAUCAACCACAGGAGCAAAGCAGCGUGGGCGUGCAUUAAGCGAUACGCCACGGAGCUCUUCGACCGACCGGGAGCACCGUUUCGCCUCAAAGCCCGCCUGCUCCAGGCGGAGGCAGUGGAGGCACUGCUAUACGGCUGCAUGACAUGGUCCCCACGCCGCAACCACUACGGAAUGCUGCAGACGACACACCACCGGCUACUCCUGCGAGUCAUCGGCUACCGGCGCAAACGAGGCACCUACCGGCAGCUGUCAUACGCCCAGGCGCUAAAGAGGGUCGGCUGCCAGAGCGUGGAGGCCACUGUCCGUCAACGGCGCCUGCUCUUUGCGGGGGCCGUGGCAAGACAGCCGGACGGGCGGCUUCCGAAACGGCUGAUGUUCGGCGAGUUGGUGGGAGGGGAGGACCCGGGCCAGGGAAACCCGGAGCAGAACUGGCUGACAUGCCUGAAGGACGACAUGAAGAUGUUCGAAGCCAGGUACGGCUCCACGACCGACAAGCCGAGCGUCUUCGGAGUCCCGAAGUUAGUCUGGAGUGAGGCGGCGAAGGUGGAGGGGGGGGUACCGUGGCACGCGGGGGUGCUACAGGGAGCUGAGAGGUUCAUGGCCUCUUGGCACAAGGGCAAGGAGGAGGCCAGCCGACAACGAGCCAUCAAACGAGGAGACAGCCGGCCCAAAAAUAGUCUAGAUACGGCACCAAUCAACGGGGCGGUAGGGGGGCGGAAGGAAACGGCGCGGCGGGAAGAAAGCAAGCGAGAAGAGACCGACCGCGUGACGUGACAUGUUGCGGUCGAAUUUCAACGACUAAUUUUUCUGUUGCCCUCUCCCCCGUUUGCUGUCGCGUUCAGACUGUCUCUAGGGAUAUCCCUGUCUCUGUGCGAGUUUGUUUGUGUCCUCGUCUUUGCUUUAUUCUGUUUUAUUUUGUCUUUUGUUUUGUUUUUUACUGGCACGUACCCCCGCCCCUUCCUUUGGCCGUCGACCUGCCUCCAUGUAGUGGGAGGCUACCCCCCCAGGCUGGUGGUGCGGCCGUUCCACUAGUCUAAUUAUUUAUUUUAUUUUAUUUUAUUUGUUUCUGAUUAUAUUUUGUUUUCUUGUAUUUUAUCGCUCUGCUGACCCUUGGGGUCCAUUUUAU